ACUGGGGUGCACACAGAACUCAGAAGGCUGCCAGGGAGGCUGUAACGGGAGUCUGAAAACAGCUGGAAACUAGAUGAAAUUCCUGUAUCCCUUCCUACUAAAUAUGCCUUAAAUGUACCUAUUUCUCUGUCAGUAUUAUGUGUUAUUAGAUGACUGUAGUUGUUUAGUUCCUGUGGACAGAGGUUUGUGUUCUGUGGUCCCAGAGCCUCUCCAGUCACUUAACUCCAUGUUAAUAUGAUGUUUUCCUUUCUUCCAUCCAUUUAUUUCGUGGUAGUAAAGAUAAUAUUGAUACUGCAGUAAUAAACUGAUGUCUUUCUGAAUUUGUAUACCUUUGGAAACAUUAAGUAUUAUAAUGACAUAUUGAUAAUACCAGCGUCACAAGUCUUAAACAUUUUGCUGCUGUUACCUUGUUUUAGCAGAAUUGAAAAGUUACUGUAUGUAUCUCCAAACCUGCUCUGAUAAGAUUAUUUUCUUACCUGAAUCACUCAAACCUUUAGCUUCAUCUCUAGCAACUUCUGCAUCAGUGAUGCAUUUUCCAUAUGAAAUCAUAAAGACUAUAUCAAGGAAUAAUAGUUCUUAAGCACAAAGAGUUGAUGCCCUUUGUAUGCAUUGAGGUAAUAUAUUUAAUGAAAUGAUCUUUUUUCCUUCUUGUAUAGACUCCAGCCUCUUCCAGGACCCUAUCUAGACAGUGCCAACUUAAUGAUCAAAGCCUUAAAAUAGAGAUUUUGACGUCACCUUGCUUUGUAGUCCUUCUCCAUGUAAAUGAGGAGACAAGGUUUUAAUUCUGAAUGAGCCCAUCUAUUUUAGGAUUUAUGCUUCAGUAAAUGGCUAGGGAUUCUAACAGCAAAGCUUCCUCCAUUGCAUAUCAUCUUAAUCAUCUGCAGACCAGGUUUGUCCUCUAGAAUGAAUGAGGAAGAGGUAGUAAAGUAAUUAAGACUGGAUUUGUAUCUCACUGCUGAUUGAAUUUUAACUUAAUUAUACUAAGGCUGAAGUAUUAACUCAUUGUAAACAUUGGAGACAGUUUCUUGGAGACACACAUUUGUGAGUGACCUAACUAGGAAAACAACUUCACUCAGAGUUUAUAAUUCAUCACAUAUUAGGCUUACAAGUUUCGAUACUGACAGCAAGGAAUUGAGAAUAGAGAAGUCACUUUAAGGGAUUUAAUAAAUCAAAUAAACCUUAUAUAUUACUAAACUUUAUGAAGGCAGGGAGUAACUUCUCUUUGCUUGAAUGAAGGCUGUUUCCAGUGCAGAAGAAAGGAUCAGGGAGUUGAAAACAGUUAUGAGAGAAAAUAAUAAUGUAUUUGCAGUAAUACAGUUUACAGGGUUAUGCUGGUUUAAGCCGUUACUUUGUUUAGCAUGAACUAGGGUAUCUUCGGAAAUACAAACCUAAUGAGGACAACAAGCAUCAGGGAGAAAUUAGAAAUAAAAGUACUGAAAAUGAUGUUUGAUUUGAGAAAUAUAUUGCGUAUCAGGUAUUUGUAUGAAGAGCACUUUGUUUUCGUGUCACUGUGGCUGUCUUUGACAAAAAUCUUCAGUUCAAAUAGAUGCUUUUUUGUUGCAUUAACUUUCUACAAAUUCUGUCUUUUUCUGCUGCUGAGGUUUCCUCAGCAUGUCUUGCAAAAAAAGAAGUCAAAAUCCAACAUAAAUGGCUUAGCCACAGUGUUUUGCAAUUCUUUGCUAUGCGAGUAUGGUAUUUUUAGAACUUUUCACAUAGCAAUUACUGUUUUGCAUUUUGAUUCCUACCCAUUACCACUGACAUUGUGUCUUCACCCAUAACUUGGCUCAGUUAGUUAUGCUAUAUGAAUUGAUAAACACUCCAAUUCUAAACCUUCAGCUUCUUUUGAUGGCUAAUAACUAGGAAUGCUGAAGGGGCACUCCCAAACCCUGGAUUUACUUUCCUGCUGCCUCCCAUGCAGUCAUUUUCAUCUGAACAUGCAGGGAGGCAGCUCUGGGAGCUAAACAGAAAAUUGGCAACUUGUUUAUGAGGGUUAUUCUGGUGGCAGUUACCAUUUGGCAGGAACAGUUUCCCAUAAAGACCUUUGCAGAUGGAGUUACUAUGCAGAACAUAAUAAAGGUGCCAAACUGUAAACACUCAGAAUUGAAUAAUUAAUGCCAAAGAGGCAAUGACAGGAGAGAAGGGAAAUACUAUUCCCUUGUCUAUGGCUCUGUCUGCUCUUUUGUAAACAACAAUAUAAUUAUACAUAAGAGUGAAAAUAAGUCUGCUCCAAAGAUCUGUGCUCAAUACAAUAGUCUCCAGUAGGUAUGCUAUUUAGAAGACCUACAGCUGAGUAGAUGGGCAAGCUUUGUGCUUUGGUGCAGCAUUUUGUAACUUGGAAUUUUCUUGUUGUUGUUGUUAAAUUGUCAUUUACAUAUGGUUUCAUGUAUAUCCUAAUACCAAAGUGGGUUUUUCCUUUCUUUGCAGUGUCUCCUUAGGGGUGAGCUCAAGCCCCAGCUACCAUCACGCAACAGUUACGAGCAUGUAUGGUAGAGAGCAUGUUAUAACUGAUAACUGCUCAAAGGUACAUGAUGUUAAAGGAUUCAAGCUAGAUAGUGGAAGGGUAAGGCGGGAAGUAGGUUUCCCUGUCAAUUGUGUAUCUCAGCAAACUGCUUAACAUAGCUUUCUGUCUGCAAGUGACAGUCUACAUACCUCGUCUUGCAGUAGAUGACUCCAAGCAGUAGUUCCCACAAAUGCGUAAAUGGAAAUGGGGUAAGGGCCUUUGGAUAGCAGCUGUACAGCUUAAAGACCACUCUGUCAAAUGGUCUUUAACUAUUAUCUAUAGUUAACAUUCCAUAGGACUGCUUAGCAGAUGCAACUCACAGGGGUGUUUUUUAGAAAGCACACUGUUGUAGCUUUAGUUCUGGUGGAGUUCUGAGGAUGAAAGGGCUCUGUCUUUAUCAGUACCAUAAAAGGCAUUGACACAGCCUCCAGUCUGUUUUAAAACCCAUGUUUUGGUGAAGACCAUUCGUUUGGAUUGACAUGAACUGUUCUGGAGAUCUAAAGGGUCUUCUUACCACUUCUAUAAAUAGAGAACCGCUUUGAUUCUGAGGAUGAGAAAGAUGGUAGUUGCAGGAAGUAACAGUUAAGAGGCCAUGAAAAGCAAAAAACUUUGAUUCCUUAGCAGUUGGUGAACAUGAAUUAACACCAGUAUUAUUUCAUCUUUACUCACCCUUUUGUCAUAAUAUGGCUAAAACUUCAGGAUGAGAGGAAUGAAAAAGAAAAUGCACACAAUUCCUCCUAACCAGAGAACAGGAUGAUAUUCAAUAGAUGUUUGGGGUAAAAAGGACCAACAGUUUUAUUCCAUAUUUGAAGCCAAAAGGUUGAUCCCCGUUCUGGAAUUGUCAUAUAGGACUUUGGACCAUAUAUCCCACUCAGUCUGGUGUGAAAAAGAAGCCUUUCUGCCGAAGUAUCAAUGAUAACUAGGAGAUGGAUCAGCAAUAUGUGGAAUUGUCUUUAAUUAUAGUAGUUUGCAAAAAUUGGCCAGAAGAGGUGGAAGGACCCUAUACCACCUCACAGACUGAAAAUAAACAGUUGUGGUUUUGCUUGUCAGCGCACUGCUGUAACAUGUCUUUUAAUAGGGUUGCAACAUCUUUUCCACAGUGCGAGCUGUUCUGACUUCCAUGAGGUUUGGGAAUAACCUUUCUUUUGAGAACAACCAGCCUUGCACAGUCAUGCCUGUGAGUACUUUGCCAGUGCCAUGCGCCACGACUGAUGAGGUAAACAUUACCAAAUGAGGAGAAAAGGAAGAUGUCAUCGAGUAUCGGCAGCAAGGCAUUCUUCUUCCCCGUGCAGUAUUAAGCACUCCCCCACACGAGAAACCUUGACAUAUGCUCAAGCUCAAAGAAUGGUUGAAAUAGAAAUUGAAGGUCGCCUGCAUAGGAUCAGUAUCUUUGAUCCUUUAGAGAUUAUAUUAGAAGAUGAUCUUACGGCCCAGGAAAUGAGUGAAUGCAACAGCAAUAAAGAAAAUAGUGAAAGACCACCAGUUUGUCUAAGAAGCAAACGGCAUAAAAAUAACAAAGUGAAAAAGAAAAAUGAAGCUCUUCCGAGCUCACAUGGUAUACCUGCUACAACAACUCCUCUUCCAGAACCAAAAGUACGGAUUGUUGAAUACAGUCCCCCUUCAGCUCCUCGGAGACCUCCAGUUUAUUACAAAUUCAUUGAGAAGUCAGCAGAAGAACUUGAUAACGAAGUUGAGUAUGACAUGGAUGAAGAAGAUUAUGCGUGGUUAGAAAUAAUAAAUGAGAAGCGGAAAAGCGAUGGAGUGUCAGUUGUUUCACAAAAUAUGUUUGAAUUCCUUAUGGAUAGGUUUGAAAAAGAGUCUUAUUGUGAGAACCAAAAACAGGGUGAUCAUCAGUCUUUAAUUGAUGAAGACGCGGUGUGUUGUAUAUGCAUGGAUGGUGAAUGUCAGAACAGCAAUGUAAUCCUGUUUUGUGAUAUGUGUAAUUUAGCAGUACAUCAGGAAUGCUAUGGGGUGCCAUAUAUACCCGAGGGCCAGUGGCUCUGCAGACACUGUCUGCAGUCCCGUUCUCGGCCUGUAGACUGUGUGCUGUGCCCAAACAAGGGAGGUGCCUUUAAAAAGACUGAUGAUGAUCGUUGGGGACACGUUGUGUGUGCUUUGUGGAUUCCAGAAGUUGGAUUUGCCAAUACAGUUUUUAUUGAGCCAAUUGAUGGUGUCAGGAACAUUCCCCCAGCCAGAUGGAAGUUAACAUGCUACCUCUGUAAACAGAAAGGUGUUGGUGCCUGCAUCCAGUGCCACAAAGCAAACUGCUAUACUGCAUUCCAUGUGACGUGUGCUCAAAAGGCCGGUCUAUAUAUGAAAAUGGAACCUGUGAAAGAACUAACUGGCAGCGGGACAACAUUCUCUGUAAAAAAGACUGCCUAUUGCGAUGUACAUACUCCACCAGGUUGCACACGGAGACCUCUAAAUAUUUAUGGAGAAGCCGAAAUCAAAAACGGUGUUUGUAGAAAAGAGGGAUCAGUCAGAACUGCUAGGUCUACAUCAAAAGUCAGAAAAAAGACAAAAAAGGCCAAGAAAACAGUGGUUGAACCCUGUACAGUUAUGCCAACAGUAUCUGCUCCUUAUAUCCCCCCCCAGAGAUUAAAUAAGAUUAUGAAUCAGGUGGCCAUUCAGCGGAAGAAGCAGUUUGUUGAACGAGUGCACAGUUACUGGUUGCUUAAAAGACUGUCUAGGAACGGUGUUCCUCUGUUGAGAAGGCUGCAGUCCAGUUUACAGUCACAAAGAAACACACAACAGAGAGAAGAUGAUGAAGAAAUGCAAGCCUUAAAAGAAAAGUUGAAGUACUGGCAAAGGCUGCGCCAUGAUCUUGAAAGAGCGCGUUUGUUGAUUGAACUUAUACGUAAGCGUGAAAAAUUAAAAAGAGAACAGGUCAAGAUCGAGCAGGUUGCUAUGGAACUUCAACUUACUCCGUUCACUGUACUUCUGCGAUCGGUUCUGGAUCAGCUGCAGGAAAAGGAUUCUGCUCGUAUAUUUGCUCAGCCAGUGAACCUUAAAGAGGUUCCAGACUAUUUGGAUCAUAUUAAACAUCCUAUGGAUUUCUCAACCAUGCGAAAACGGUUAGAUGCUCAAGGCUAUAAAAACCUCAGUGAGUUUGAAGAAGACUUCAAUCUUAUAAUAGAUAACUGUAUGAAAUACAAUGCAAAAGAUACAAUAUUCUAUAGAGCUGCAGUGCGGUUAAGAGAUCAAGGAGGUGUAGUUCUCAGGCAAGCUAGGCGAGAUGCUGAAGGAAUCGGUUAUAAUAAUGAAACUGGAAUGCACUUACCUGAACGGCCUAAACUUGAGUCACCCCAGCCUUUCUCUUGGGAAGAUGUGGAUAGGUUACUGAAUCCUGCAAACAGAGCGCAUAUGUCCUUGGAAGAACAGCUGAGAGAGUUGCUAGAAAAACUUGAUCUCACCUGUGCAAUGAAAUCCAGUGGGUCAAGGAGCAAAAGGGCAAAGCUGUUAAAGAAAGAAAUCAGCAUUAUUCGCAACAAACUAAGUCAGCAACACAACCAAGCUCCUCAAAUAGAAUCAGGUAUUGGAAGUUUUGAAGAAGAAGGUGCAGCAUUAGAACAAGAUGGAGAAGAAGAAGGAGAUAAAUCUCCCCCUAAACUUGAACCAUCAGAUGCAUUACCUCUUCCUUCAAACUUGGAGACUAAUUCAGAACCACCAACCCUCAAACCAGUAGAACUCAAUCCAGAGCAGAGUAAGCUUUACAAAAGAGUAAAAUUUGAUAAUGAAUUAUAUAGCACUUCCAUUCAGAAAGAAAUAAAUGGACACACUCCAGAACACUUACUUGACAGUAAUCUCAAUGAGUCGACUGUUUCUGCUGUAGCUGAGUCAUCAACUGAUGUAAACAGACGUACAUCCAUUCUCUUCUGCAAAUCGAAAAGUAUAAGCCCCCAAAAGUCUGCAAAGAACACUGAAACCCAGCCAACUUCUCCACAGCUAGGGACCAAAACCUUUUUGUCUGUAGUCCUUCCAAGGUUGGAGACACUUCUGCACCCAAGGAAAAGAUCAAGGAGUGCAUGUGGAGAUUCUGAGGUUGAUGAUGAGUCCCCUGUAAAGCGCUUGGAUACAGGUCUGUCAAAUGGUUUUGGAGAUGGAAGUAAAGAGAGAACGUUAGAUGAUACUCCGGGACGAAAAGUUGAACCUCGUCGCCGCUGUGCAUCAGAAUCUAGUAUUUCAUCUAGUAACAGUCUUUUGUGUAACUCAAGUUUCAGCCUACCGAAGUGUGGUAAAGGUAAACCAGCACUUAUACGGAGACACACACUGGAAGACCGCAGCGAAUUGAUAUCAUGCAUUGAAAAUGGAAACUAUGCCAAAGCAGCAAGAAUUGCAGCUGAAGUUGGGCAUAGCAGUAUGUGGAUUUCAACUGAUGCUGCAACAUCUGUUCUUGAGCCUCUAAAAGUAGUAUGGGCCAAAUGCAGUGGAUAUCCCUCUUACCCAGCUCUGAUUAUUGACCCUAAGAUGCCUCGUGUUGCUGGCCAUCACAACGGUGUUACUAUACCAGUGCCGCCUCUGGAUGUACUGAAAAUUGGAGAACAAAUGCAGACGAAAUCAGACGAGAAACUAUUCUUAGUACUAUUUUUUGACAAUAAAAGAAGUUGGCAGUGGCUUCCCAAAUCCAAAAUGGUUCCCCUUGGGAUAGAUGAGACCAUAGACAAGUUAAAAAUGAUGGAAGGCCGUAACUCAAGCAUACGGAAAGCAGUAAGAAUUGCUUUUGAUCGUGCUAUGAAUCACCUGAGUAGAGUCCAUGGAGAACCAGUCAGUGACUUCAGUGAUAUUGACUAACAGAGAUUCUACCAAGGCAUGAAAAGUACCACACACAGACUUGAACUCUACUAAUGAACCUCUUUGUCUAAAAGAAUGUAUUGAAGAUACAACCCCUUAAUUGUUGAUUCAGUGGCUGAGUUCUGCAAACUUGAAAUAGUUGAGCAAUUCUUCUAAAUCACCAUUGCCGUAUUGAUUAAUGAUUUUAUCGUGUUGUAGUUUGGAGGAUUUUCCACUAAACCUGUUAAAAUGUCUUGUUCAUAGUGUUCAUAAUUGUACAUAAAUGUAUAUUCAACACUUAACUUAUUCUGAUUUUAGAAGUAGCUCUUUAAUUCCUUUUAUAAUUUUGCUGGGGAGGGAGUUGGUUUUUGUUCCCAUGCUUCUUAAUAUUUUUUUUUCUUUCUUUCUUUCUGAGGUUAAGUUACCUAAGCACCAUCUUCCAGCUUACGGUGUUUAGUGGAUCUUAAAGCCUAAUAUCAAAAUGGCAUCAAAUAUAUGUUUGCCUAAAUCAUAUACAGUAUGGUGCUGCUUGUAUCAUUUCUUCCUUGGUCUGUAGCUUCUGAAAAAGACUUCUGAAUGUUUGUGUAAAUCGUUGCUCUUUGCACAAAGUACCGCAUAUUUAAGAUUGAUGUAAAUUUACAAUGACAAAUAUGUAUUUUAAGAAAGGAAGUUGCAUUAUUUUGGAGGGUACUUUGUGAGAAAGACAUCAAGAAAAAAAUUAUACUAUGUACAUCACUUGCAAAUCACCAAAAACACUCCAUUGUUGCCCAAAAUAACUUAAGAUUGUUUUUGUUUUAAACAAAUCUGGCUUAAAGCCUGCAAGCACAUUAUUUCUUUCAAAACCAUAUCCCAUUUAUCUCCCAUUGAUUUUAAUCUUGUUGAUAUGUGUGCCUCCCUGUGUUUUAUUUAUUGUAGAAAAUGUAUUAAUUUGCUUUAUAAUGAAAAAUAAAAUUGACAAAUAUAUUGAUAUGCAUUUUUAUACAGGCACAUGAGAAGACAACUUGCUUUGGGAGAAAAAUGUAUUGGAAAUUGUAUAAAAUAACUUGAUGGUUUGUGUGUAAUUUGAUUUUUUUGUAACUUGUAAUCUUCUGUUUCCGAUGAGGGGAUUUAUGUAACUUUUAAUUUAGAACACUUUGGUAGCAAUAGAAACUUUGGAUACAUUUUUGUAUGGUACAUGUGAUGUAUAUAGAAUUAGUACUUUAUUUUUAUUUUUAAGAAGUAAAGCAUUAUGUUUGGGCAGGGGGAAGAAGGAGGGUGGGUUUCCAGAACUGCAUUUUUAUAUUAAAAAGAAAAAAAAUAAAGUCAAGAUAUUGAUUGUUGUAGCUACUUUAUUCCUACCUUCACUGAGAUACCGAAUUUGUAACAAUGAAAAUGGCAAGGUAUGUUUGCAAUGUGAUUUAUAAUGACUCCAUUAUUUAUAAAUGCACUGUGUUUGAACUCUUUUGCAGUGAUAUCUUAAAUACUGUACCAAGUUAUAUAGUAAGAAACACCAAAUAAUGCAUAUGAAUGCACGAAGUAUUUAUGCCCAGCUUUUUUAUAAAGGAUUAGCAAAUACAGCAAAACCAAUACUUUUUAGAUCUUUUUUUAAAACUUCAUUGAAUAGCAUACUUCAUUGUUAAACCUGCUUGAAUCUUUAUUUUAAAGGGACAAUUACUUUUUAAAUAGUUUUUAAUGUUUUUAUUCUCUAUUGUUUGUAAUACCCCCUUAGAAGCUUGAAAUAAAAUUUCUUUCUCAA